UUCCGCGGCAGCCUCAUCGGUAACCAAAUGGGGGGAAGAGUUUCUACUCUGUAAUGACGUAGUUCAUGCCUCAUGGACCUCGAAGUUGGUCGUGUGCACCAUUAAAACUACGAGACUGGUUUGCUUUUGUCAAAUUAAAGCAACUAUAAUGUCUUCGGGUAAAAAGACCAAGAAGAGUAAGGGGAAGACUCUAGCCCUGACAGAUUUUCUGGCCGACACACCUGGCGGUAUACCAACUGCUCCGCUCAAAACCUCCAAUUGGGCUGAUGACGUCGAAGAUGAUCAUGAAGGAUUUUCAUCGAAUCGUAAUAAAGAGCCAGUGUAUCUUCCGACGGCACCCAGAGCUGCACGAGGUACAGGGGUCAAUGAAGAGAAUAUCCCCACGAAUCCUCCUUACGUAGCAUAUAUAUCCAAUCUGCCGUACGAAAUAGAUGAAGAAGACCUAGCAGAAUAUUUUGCUGAUAUGAAGGUGUCCAACAUGCGCCUUCCAAAAGAUUCCAACAAGAUGAGGGGAUACGGUUAUGUAGAAUUUGAAGAUCGUCAGAGUUUGAUUGAUGCACUUUCAAUUGCAAACAUGACUAUCAAAACUAGACGUGUCAGAAUUGAAGUUUCCAACAGCAGUAGCGACGACAGACGGGGUGGUGGUCGAAUGGGGCGAGAUAAUCGUAGAGAUAACUAUGAUGAUCCUGAACGAACUGCAGGCGAUUGGAGAAGUGGGCCGCGAGAUGAUUCUGCUCCUGGUGAGUCAGAUCGCUACCGUAGUCGCGGUGGAUUUGAUAAUAAAGACAGAAGAGACGAUCGGGAAGGUUCUGAUGACAAUAAGCCUGGUGGUUGGCGCGAAGGUGGAGACAGAGGAGGUGAUCGAGGUGGGGCAUUUAGGGACAGAGGUGGAUUCCGUGAUGAGGGAGAUAGAGAGAGAGAUCGCCCACGGUACGGCAGCGACAGAGAUAACAGAGACAGGGAUGGAGAUAGGGACCGUGAUCGUGGAGGUAGUUUUGGUCCUCGCCGCACUUAUGGAGAUUCUGAUUGGGGAAGAGAUGGACCAUCUCGUCGGGAGGAACCGAGAUCGGAAUUGAAAACAAGACCGAAGCUACAGUUGCAGCCACGCACAAAACCUGUAGAGGCAAUCGUUGUGCAAGAUGAACCUGUUGCUGAAGAAUCUGUUGCCGAAGAGCCAGUCGUGGCGCCUCCUGCUCCUGUUCCAGCAGUGAACAUCUUUGGAGCAGCUAAACCCGUUGAUACAGCUGCUAAAGAAAGAGAGAUCGAGGAACGCCUUGCCCGUUCUAAUGCUGAAGCUAAACCGAAGGAAGAAGGCGAGCAAGAUAAGCGUCCUGCCAAGGAUGGUGUAUGGGGCCGACGCAAUGGUGAAGGGCGCGAAGAAAAAGAUAAGGAACGGCAGGGCUGGCGAUCUGAACAAGAUCGAGGAAGGCAAACCGAUCGGUCUGGGCCUCGCAGUCAAGCAGCUUCUGCACGUUCAGGUCAACGAGGAGAUUCUAAAGGGCCACUGCCUUCCCGAGGUGGACCAGUUCGUGGACCACCAAAAUCUACUGAAACUCGUGCAUUUCCUGAUAGAGAGAGGAGAGAAAAGGAUAGAGAUGACGACAUCAACAGGAUGCCCAAGGCUAAAGAGGAGCAAAUUCCGAACUUUGCAGCUUCCAAUAAGUAUUCCAUACUCCCUGAUGACGUGGAUCAAGACAUUAUCGACGAUUAGUUCUGAUCACAAUAAUUUAUACUCUCGCAAUUGAAUUGUGCCACAUGUAUCAUGAUUCGUAUACAUAAUGCAUAUUAUUAAAUAAUUUGUUUUACCUCUCUAUUAAAAAAAAAAAAAAUCUUGCUGAAUGAUUUGAGAGUUUGCCCACACAUAAUUGUCCAUUGCAUUCAUGUUGCUGGAUGAAUAUUGUUGAUUUGUAUUUAAUCUAUUUUAUUACUCCAUAAUAAUAUAAUUACUGCCUUCACAAAUAUUUACUUAAUAUUUCGAUCUUUGAUAUUUGAUUUAAAUAAUUUAAGGUAGCACCUUAACAUCUCUUAUAAUGAACGAUGACCCUAUUGUUCACCGAAGUAUUUGAAAUUUAAGCGCAGUUUACAGCAUUUAAGAAAAUCGGGACAUUAAUUUUUUUACUUAAGAUAUUUUACCUGAUGUACAGUUGCUUCGAGGAUAUUGUACAAUAUGUGACGUAUACAUGUAAUAUAAUAAUAUCGAUGCAAAAAGGACAAACAAUUGAAAUGAUGAAUACACAUAAACUUGAAAAACUUA